AUGCGCCGCGCGCCGCGCGCCUUCAUCGCUCACACUCGGAGGCCAGGGGCGGCCGGGCCGCUCGUCCGUCGUCCGAGCGCGGCGCGCCGGGGCACGGAGGGUGCAGUGAGAGGCCGCAGUAGCUGCAGGGCCGCGCGGACGCUCGUGGACGGCCCGCCGGAUUCCUGGGACCUGGAGGCAGAGUUCGGGGAGCAGAGCCGCGCCAUCAUCCGGGAGUCGUACCCGGAGCUGUGGGACCUGGCCGAGGCUGGCGUGCUCUGGGCAGUGCCGCGCCCGUCGCUGUACAACGAGCGCCGCACGGAUGGAUACCAGGAGCCCGAGAUGGUGCUGGUGCUCGGCACUGCGCACGUGUCGCAGCGGAGCGAGGCCGACGCAGCAAGAGUGGUGCGCACAGCCAGACCCGACAGCGUGGUCGUCGAGCUGUGCAAGUCGCGGUCGUCCCUGCUGCUUCCAGUCGAGGGCGAGGAGGAAGCACAGGGGUCGCCGUCGGACACAGCACGGCGACGACAGACCCGGUCCCCGCUGGCACUGUCUGGUGGAGGUCUCGUCCCGGCCCUUUCUCGCGCCGUCCGGCUCGGAGGGCAGCAGGGGCUCCUCAUGCGCGUGCUCCUCGCAGCAGUGUACUCCUCGGUCGCAUCUGCCACCCGCGUGAACGACGCGGGGCCCGCGACGCCUGGGGCUGAGUUUGCCGCCGCUGCAAAGGCUGCGGGGGAGGUGGAUGCCCAGGUCGUGCUCGGGGACCGCCCGAUCGAGAUCACUCUGCAGCGGGCGUGGGCGGCGCUGAGCCUCAAAGGCCAGCUCGCGCUCGCGAGGGAGGCCGCAGCGGCAGUGGCAGGCGGGCGCGACCGGGUCCAGGCCGCGAUAGCGAGCGGGAUGCAGAGGAGCCCCGCGGUGGCCAGCGCAGCAGCGGGGGCGGGGAGCGGCACGAGCCCCUGGGACGCGCCGGUCCCCGCCGCCUCGGACGUCGACAGUAUGCUUCGGCAGGCGGCCGCUGCGUCGCCGGACCUGGCGCCGGUCCUGGGCCCGCUUCUGCACGAGCGCGACCUGUACAUCGCGUGGAGCCUGAAGCGCAGCAAGGCGGUGAACGGCAACCGGUGCGUCGUUGGGGUCGUUGGCGCGGGACACCUCCGGGGGGUGUUGUACGCGCUCAAGUACGACUCGGGGGGGCGACAGCUGCUCUUCCGCGACCUCGUGGGCGGGAAGAACCGCAGGGGGGCGGCGCGGAGGGAGCUGGCGAGGACCGUCGCGCGGGAGGCCCUGAUAGCCCUCGUGCUCACCGCGGCCUGGGUGGCGCUCGGGCUGCCCGGGUCCGAGGGCGUGUCGCUGCCGUGGUGA